UUGUCGAGCACAAGUAGGAUGUCAUCGGAUUUGUUUGCCGAUUGGCACGAAGACCGCAAGGAGCGCGACGUGACCGCGUCCCGAGUACCUCCAGCACCAAGGGGGGAGUACCAGUCCCCUUACUUGAGCGCUUCUUCAAACAGCAAUCCAUAUGCCACCGUCUCGUCGGACGACGACGAGCCGAUCAAGCCGAAAGCAAGCGGUCCCCGCAACGUCGGCGGUCGAAUUGGCAACCAAAAGCCCAUGUUUGAGCUGCGUGAGCAUGGAUUGAAGGUUAGUCGACGCAAGAACUUUACGCCUCGCUGCAUCAGCGUGGGCAACGGCGUCAUGGCGAUGGGGUCUGCAGAAGGCUCGGUCCUCCGAUGCACAGUCGAAUCCACGGAUGCAACGCCACAGUCGAUCGAAGAAAUCAUUGUUGAACCCAAGGUGGCCAUCGUGUCCAUUUAUCUCGAUCCAAGCGGAGGCCAUAUGCUCUUCAGUUUGGAAAACGGUAGCAACUACUACUUGCACACAAGCACAAACCGUCCGCGCAAGAUUACCAAGGCCCAGGGCCGCAUCACGUGUGUCGCGUGGGACCGCCAACACGGCUCUCCCGCCAAUUCCGAGUCGAUCUUGAUCGGGACGGACGCAGGGGCGAUUUAUGAAGCUGAGUUUGACGGGAAGGAGAAGAAGAUGAACUGCGUGUACGCGAUCACAAAGCAGGGUGCGAUCGCAGGGCUUGAGUUCGAGCAUGUGGACGCGACGCAAAUCUACGUCAUGAUGACUACGUCGGGCGCGAUCCAGCGCCCCACGCGCAUGUACCAGUUCCUUGGCGGGCCGACGUUCCAAGCACUGUUUGCGUCGUAUCAGUCGAGUGAUUCCCUGCGAUUCCAGGAGAUUCAGGGCGACAUCACGACCGCGCAGCUCUCGACCUUCUCCAAACACGAGCGCGAGCGGGCCAAGUGCUUUGGGGUGCUGACCGCUCAGGGCGUAUUCAAUGGCGAGUUUUCCAUCUCGACCAAGAGCUCGAUCGACAACAUGUGGACCAACUGUGACAUUCUGAGCUUCCCCCACCAAGGAGAGAAGAGCCCAGUGCUUCCCGUCGCGAUCGCCAUGACCGAGUACCACGUCGUUUUGCUCUACUCCAAGUUUGUCCAGGUCCUGUGCAAGUUGAACGGGUCGAUAGUCCUGGAAGAGCCAUUUGACCCGCGCGUUGGCACCGUGACUGGCCUCGCCUACGAUCCGACCUUCAACACGUUUUGGAUUUUGUCGGAACGCCGCAUCCUCGAAAUCCUUGUCCUCGAAGAAGAUCGUAACAUUUGGGCCAUGUACCUGAACAGGGCCCUGCACCACCUGCACCAAAAGAGCCCGGCUGACCUCGAUCGCGACUUUGACCGGGCGAUCUCCGUGUGCCGCGACGGUGCGACCCGGCAAAAAGUCUGGACGGCCCAAGCCGAUGCGCUCUUUGAUCGCGAGGAAUACGACAUGGCGGCCAAGCUGUACGUGAAGAGCAGUCGGUCGUUUGAAGAAGUCGCGCUUCGGUUCAUGGAAGUAAAUGCAAAAUCGGCGCUGCACCUGUUUUUGCUCAAACGGCUCGCGCUCACGUCGGUCGAGGACAAGACCCAGGCAACCGUCCUCUGCACGUGGCUCGUGGAAUUGUACCUGGACAAGUUUAACGAACUCACGGCGCUGAGCGAGCACGAUGUGGAUCGAACGAUUGACCUCCACGCGAACUUGCUCUUUGAAUUCAAGCAGUUCCUCCAGGACCACAAGCGCCACUUGGACCCGAACACGACAUUCAACCUGAUUGCGUCGCACGGCCGGACGGACGAGCUCGUGUUCUUUGCGAGCUUGAUCGAGGACUACGAAAAGGUCGUGACGUAUCACAUCCACCGUGGCGAGUACGGCGCUGCCAUCGAACUGCUCCGUGGCGCGCCGACGCAAAAGGUCGAAGAGCUCUACUACAAAUACUCACCCGAGCUGAUCGUGGCCAAGCCCAAGGAAGUGUUUGACGCGUGGCGGGCGGCAGAGUCGCUCGACCCGACGCGAUUGAUUCCAUCGAUUGUACGGCAUGUCCACCAAAAGGACGGCAACGCGCGCAGCAUCCUCGAGCUCGCGAUCAACUUUCUCAAGUUUGCCAUCGAGCAGGGCAACCGCGACGAAACGAUCCACAAUUACAUUGUGUUUUUGCUCGCCAAGCACCCGGACGAGCGCCUCCUGAUCAAGUUUCUGCGCCGGCCGUCGCAGUCGGCGCCGCUGUUUGAUCCUGCGUUCGCCCUGCGUUUGUGCACGCAGCACGAGAAGAACCGCGCGUGCAUUUACAUUUACUCGUCCAUGGGGCUCUACCAAGAGGCCGUUGAGAAAGCCCUCCAGGUGGACGUGAAAAUCGCCAAGGAAAUGGCCAACAUGCCAGACGACGCCGACGUCAAGAAAACGCUGUGGACGCUCAUUGCCAAGCACACGAUCGACGCUGGUGGCGACAUCAAGGAAGCAAUGGGGAUCCUCAAAGAAAGCGAACUGCUUCAGAUCGAAGACAUGCUUCCGUUCUUCCCCGACUUUGUCGUGAUCAACGACUUCAAGAAGGAAAUCUGCGAGUCGCUCCAGGCGUACAACGACCGCAUUGAACAGCUCAAAGGCGAAAUGCGAGAGUACACCGACUCGGCGGAACUCAUCCGCGAGGACAUGCACAAACUCCGCAAGCGAUCGGCGUUUGUGAGCGGCAACCAGCGCUGCGACCUGACCGGCGACAACAUUCUCGGCAAGGAAUUCUACCUGUUUCCAUGUGGCCAUGCUUUUCACGCCGUCGCGCUGCGCCAGGAGAUGCAAAAGCACCUCAACUCGUUUCAGCGUCAAACGGUCAAGCAGCUCAUCCAGAAACUCAACGAACUCUCGGCCGAUGACUCGACAAACCAGCCAAGCAGCGCGUACCAGCGGGCGUGGAAUGCCUUGACGAACAACAACAACGACAAGUCAGCAGAAGCCACGAUGUCGGCGAUGAAGGGCAACACGAACGAGCGAGACGUUGUGCAGCAAAAACUCGACGAGAUCGUCGCGGCCGAGUGCAUCUUUUGCGGUGAAGUCAUGAUCAAGUCGAUUCACACGCCGUUCAUCACAGACGAGGACGAGGCGCGAGAAGGCGCCGAGUGGCGGAUCUAGUGUAGUCGGUUGUGCAAGGCGUGGAAUAUCGAGCUGCAGGUAGCGACGACAGCAGCUCGAACGCCUUUUAAACGUGAACACCAUCGAGCUCUUCUAUCUCAA